UGUCAUAUAUCACACUGCCUCGUAAAAACGACACCGAGGAUUCUGGGCCAACAAAUCGGAAAGAAAAAAAAAAUGAGUUCUUAUUAUGUGGAUGGUCUCCUUAGCACAUAUACGGCGGGUAGUUCUCUGUUCCCAAGUGUAGAGCGGGCUCCUUGCCGUAUUGGACCCGGUGGAGAGGACGAUGACUCGGCUCGGACCGCUGCGGCCAUCGCGUUUGCGCCGUCCCUGUCUGGACUUUACAGCGUCAGUAGUGCCGUGUACCAGAGCCGCCCCGUGUUUACCUCGGGCUUCGGCCAGGUACAGGACGCGCGCCAGCCGCGUAGCGCGCGCGCGCUGCAGUCUAGCCCGUUUGACCAGAGCCGCCUGUUCACCGACAGCUGCUGCCAUCCGGGGCCGGGGCCCCUCACCUCGUCGCCGGACAAACAAUACCGGAUGUACCCCUGGAUGAGAGGAUCAGAUUCAAAUCGAAAGCGGGGGCGGCAGACCUACUCCCGGUACCAGACCCUGGAGCUGGAGAAGGAGUUCCACUUCAACCGCUACCUGAGCCGCAGGCGGAGGAUCGAGAUAGCCCAUGCCCUCUGCCUCUCAGAGAGACAGAUCAAAAUCUGGUUUCAGAACCGCAGGAUGAAGUGGAAGAAGGACCACAAGGACGAACCGGUGUCAAACCCCGGGGGAAAUGACGUUGUUAUGCAGGCGGUGUCCCAGGUCAGGGGGCCCAAAGCCGGUGACACCGGAGGCUCCAGCUUGGAGCCAGAAACGGCUGCAAAGUAACGAAAGAGACGGACAGAGAAUUAAACCGUUAAUGAAAGGAAGGCACUGUUAAGAAAGGCUUAGGAAUAGGACUGAAAAUAGUAUUCAUGCACUGCAGCUUCGUAGCCCGAUUAACUGAACGGCAGCAGGCUAACAGUAGACUCUAAGACCUGCAUUUCAAGUUUAAAGCCGAAAUGCUUUUUUUUUUUAUUAAAAAGCCUCUGCAUGAAAAAGCGAUAAUAAUUACUUAUCCUAACUCUAUUUUUAU